AUGUCAAAUAGGACUGGUGAUCCGAAAAAACCCUUGAACGAAUUUCACGAACCACGGAAUAAUGAUGAGGGGUCAUCUGAUGAAGACAGGUCUGAUGGAUCUUCUUCCCACUCCUCUUCAUUCCAUGAUACCAACACCAAAGUCCAACCCCCCAUGAACACGGAGGACAAGGUGGAAGAGCAUACCCCCAAUAGUGCUUUAGAGAGGGUAUCAAAUCUCAUUACGUCCGGUCAAGCCAAAAAUAUAAUCCUCCUGUUAGGAGCAGGCAUAUCGACCUCAGCCGAAAUCCCAGAUUUCCGUUCACCCAAAACGGGUUUAUAUCACAACUUGCAGAAACUCAACCUACCUUUCCCAGAGGCUGUUUUCGAAUUGGGUUUUUUUAGGAAGAGACCUGAACCAUUUUGGGAGUUGGCUAAAGAGAUUUAUCCGGGAAAGUUUCAUCCCACACCGACCCAUUACUUCCUGACCCUGCUACAUCAACACAAGGUAUUGAAAAGAGUAUUCACCCAAAACAUCGACACGCUCGAGACUCUCGCUGGUCUACCUGAGGAAAUGAUCGUAGAGGCUCAUGGGAGUUUUGCAAGAUCGCAUUGUUUGGAUUGUAGAGCCGAGGUGAAUAGGGAAAAAAUAUUGAGAGCGGGAGUGAGGAGGGGCGAAGUGGUUAGGUGUGAUAAUUUGGUCAAGAGCAAGGGGAAGAAGGGGAAGGAUAAGACUGUUUGUGGAGGAUUGGUCAAACCUGAUAUCGUAUUCUUUGGUGAAAAUUUGCCUGAUCGAUUUUUCAGCCUACUGCCGGAACUCAAACAAUGUGAUCUACUAUUGGUAAUCGGUACAUCCCUCCAAGUGCAACCUUUCGCCUCGCUAGUCGACACGGUGCCAUCGGAUUGUCCGAGAUUACUCAUAAAUCGAGAACCUGUUGGACCAUUCGAACGUCUUUCCUCCUCCGGUGCAUUACCUGACUCUCUCAAAAAGAUGUUAAGUCCCAAGAGCAAGGACGAGAGGGAUAUGUAUUGGGAAGGAGAUGCGGAUCAGGGGAUAUACGAAUUGGUAGAGCAUCUAGGGUGGGGUGAGGAAUUCGAAGAAGUUAUGAAGAAGGGGAAGAAAGAUCUCGAGAAGAGGUAUAAAGAUGCUGAGAAGCUGGAGGGUAAAGUAGAUCAAGAUGUGAGAGUUGUUAAAGAGAUUGUAGGUGAUAGAGAUGAGGCGGAGGAGUUGGAGGAAGCUAUUAGGAGACAACUGAAAUUGUGA